AUGAUUCUUUUUUCUUUCCCCUAUGCAGAGGAACUUCAAGAAUUUUCCCACCAGAUUGCCAUCCUCAUCAAAGAGGAAGUCGAUUCCGCUUUGGCUUUAGUUGAUCAAGGAGCUGACAUGGCGAAAAAGUUGACCCACAACAUGUGGGAGAACCUGAAGAAGGCCGCUGUUGAUAUGAUCGACGGAUUGGAAUCCAUUCCCGAAUCUGUCAAUAAAUUCCUUGAUGACCUAAAACGGGAUAUUGAAGAGAUGGAAAAUACUAUUAAUCUGUGUGAGGAAGGAGGGAUCUAUCUAUCUAUCUAUCUAUCUAUCUAUCUAUCUAUCUAUCUAUCUAUCUAUCUAUCUAUCACAGUAUCAUUGAAAUUUCUUGCAACAAUCAUAUUCGAUAACAUGGUGGCGAUCAUCUAUCUAUCUAUCUAUCUAUCUAUCUAUCUAUCUAUCUAUCUAUCUUAA